UUGAAGUAAACGGCAUAGCAACGGUGUAAACUUGACGUUUCAUUACUCUUGGCGAAGAAGAAGUUAAACGGUUUUGACAGACCCUAGUGACAGGUGUUAAGACAAAAACAAAAAUUUAUUGUCAUCAAGAAAAAUGUCUUUUUUGCAAAAUGCAUUGGGUGGAAAUCCAUUUUCCACUCCGGUCGGAAGUCGAAUAGAACAAGCGACGGAUGCAUCACUCGCGUCGGAAAAUUGGGGCCUGAACAUGGAGAUCUGUGACCUAGUGAAUGAGACUGAAGAUGGACCAAGGGAUGCCAUAAAAGCGAUCCGCAAACGUCUCUCGCAAUUUGUCGGCAAAAACUAUACGGUUGUCAUGUACACUCUCACUGUAUUGGAGACGUGUGUGAAAAAUUGCGGAAAACGCUUCCACGUUUUAGUCUGUAGCAAGGACUUUGUGCAGGAAUUGGUGAAGCUGAUAGGUCCGAAGAAUGAUCCGCCGACAGCCGUGCAAGAAAAAGUCCUAAGUCUAAUACAAGCAUGGGCGGACGCGUUCAGGAGCAAACCGGAAAUGUCUGGCGUCGUGUCUGUUUACCAAGAUCUGUUGGCCAAAGGCAUCGAAUUCCCGCCGACCGAUUUGGACUCGUUGGCCCCAAUACACACCCCACAAAAAAGCGUGGAGACGGACGUGCCCGUGGCAGUCGAACCCAGACUUCCCGAAGCUUCCUCGCCCAGUCACGUGCCCAUGGCGGCGCCCGCGGGCGGUGCCCUGAGCCACGAGCAGAGGGCGAAACUUCAAUCGGAACUGGACGUCGUGCAGAGCAACAUGAACGUUCUGGGUGAGAUGCUGAGCGAAAUGGUGCCCGGACAAGAACAGCAGGACGAACUCGAACUGAUUCAGGAAUUGCAUGCGAUGUGCCGUUCGAUGCAGACAAGAUUGGUGGAGUUGAUUAGCCAGCUGGCCAACGACGAAUUGACGGCGGAGUUGUUACGCAUCAACGACGACCUGAACAAUCUGUUCUUGCGCUACAGCCGUUGGGAGAAGAACAGGGAGGCGGGUGGACAGUCGGCUUCUGCGAUCGUUUCGAAGGCAAUACCGCCCGGUGGCAAACCGCCGCUUGAAAGCAACGACAGUCUCAUCGACUUCAGCGACGAUGUUGCCGAUCAAAUCGACAAACUUACAUUGUCGCCGAAUAAAGCACCGAGUGCGCAUGUGGGAGAAAAGGGCGAUGAUGAAUUCGAUAUGUUUGCCCAGUCGAGAAAAUUGACCUACGAAAAUUCCAAAACUAGGGGCAGUUCAUACAAUGACAACUUGAACCCGGACCAGGAGGCCAGUUUAAACACGCAGGGAAAGACUGUCAACCCCGAAGAUCGUGAGUUCGAUGAAAUGGCCAACUGGCUUGGUGUUACGACUGGACCGGAAGAAUCUGUGACCAGCAGCGAGUUCGAGCGUUUCCUGGCGGAACGUGCGGCGGCCGCGGAGAAUCUGCCGCCCGCCACCACGACCGCCCCCACCACUAGCACCACCAAGACAUAGGCGGCGGUGCACCCUUCACGUCACUCUAAGUCAUAGUGGAUGGAUGUUUUAUAUACUUCAUACAUAGGUUUACGCGCACGCCAAACAUGUAUUGCGUGACGGACGGUUAAUUGUGCGUUGGAGAGAACGUGUUUGUACAUGUCUUGGUAUUUAGCGAGUCGUGUGUUUCCAUGGUGCAAUUUCAAGUGUCGUUUUGUUUAUUUGCGUAAGUUCUUCAUGCUCGGUUGAAUAAUUUUAUUUAUUAUUAAUUGACAAUCAAUAAAUAUUUUGGUGAGUUUCAAGGCGUAAAUGUAACAUAAACACACUUGGAAUUUUUAUGUCCAUGCUUUAGAAGUAUUACAUUUAACAGCAGUUAUUAACCAAAAUAAUGAAAAUUACAUUAUAAAAUAGUUUAUAUUUUUUCUAAAAUCUGCGUUGUAGAAUAUUAAAUGUAAAACUUUUACCAUAUACGUUCUUGAAUUUUUUUAUUUCAAUUAUUUUAAAACAAAUUACUCGACGAAAAUACGAAUAAAAAUUUUAAUGUAUCCUAUUUUAUGUUAGGAGAAAUAAUACAUAAUUAUGUCGUACUUAUUUUACAUUAAUGUGUAUAAAGAAUUAUUUGACUGUAAAGUUUAUAAUUUAUUUUAUUUAUAUACUCUAAAUUAUCAAGUGCAGCAUUCGUUUGAUAUGUAUAGUAACAUAUAAUAUAUAUAUUUUAACAUAUUAAUCCUUAACUGAUAACCUUUACAAUUUUAUUAUCAUUACAUGAUAAUAUUAAGGUGUGUUUUAUAUAUUAUGUCUAUAUAAAUUGCGAUAUUAAUUUAUAAGUGUUUUAUCAUAAUAUAAUGUGUAUUCAGUACUCAUAUCAGUUAAGAAUUAAAAAUCAUAUACGUAUAUGUAAUAAAAUGCUUGAGUUGAAAUGCAUACAUUUAUACCAAAUAUACAACUUCAACAUGAGUUGAUUGUUCUGUUGGAUGUUUAUUUUAUUGAUCUAGAAUUUAUAUGUAAAUAAAUAUAUUGUGUUGUAAUAAUUUGUUGAAAUGCUAGCUACAAUAU